CCAGCACGCACGUAGACGCAAGGCGCCCCGGAAGUAGCAGAAGUGUAAUCGAUCAGGGUCAGGCAAUGGAUCUGCUCGGCUUUGGGGCAUGAGGUGUAAAAGAGUUGGCGCAAGAGCGCAGGACUCAUGGCCUUGUCAUGUGCUAAUAGGCCUCAGCUUAUCCGCAGCAGUCAGAAGGAUGAACAGUUCCAGGGCAGCCUGAGAGGCCAGGCUCAUGAGGUGUGCCAGGCUUUUGCUGGUGCCAAGAAAUGGCUGCAGUGGAGAAAGGAAAUAGAGUUAUUCUUUGAUCUUGCAUAUUAUUGCCUAACAACAUUUUCAGGUUACCAAACGCUGGGAGAAGAGUAUGUCAAUAUUGUCCAGGUUGAUUCAUCUAAAAGAAAAGUUCCAUCCUUGUUUCAGCGCGCAGCCCUAAUCUGUUGUCAUACAUUGCUACCUUACUUGCUGGACAAAGAGUUUGUGCGCUUGGAACAUGAACUUCAUAUAGAAACAGAUGGAGUAAGAUUGUCACACAGUGGUUUGUCGUCAGGAUCACAUCGAAGAUCAUGGAUGUGGAAACGGGUGCAUCGAAAGAUCGCUGCCUUAUCGGAGCAGCAAAAAAAGACUUUGAUUAAGGCUGUCUAUAUUGUCAGACAGAGUAUUGCUUUUCUGAGAAGACUGCAUCUUGCUAUUUUCUAUAUGAAUGGAGCAUUCUAUCAUCUUGCCAAACGUUUCACAGGAAUCAAUUACCUUCGUGUCCGGAGGUCAGCUGGGGAUGAUCAGAUUGUGAACAGAAGUUACACUUUGCUUGGCGCAGUCUCGUUGUUUCAUCUCCUACUGCUGCUUUGGGUUCAGCUUAACAGUUUUCAACAGAGGCAGGAGGCCCAGCAGAAAUGGAAACUGCUUCGCCGUAUGUCCUACCAGAGAGCACCACCACAUGAGAAAUCGUAUAAGCGCCGUGCAAAGUGCACAUUGUGUUUAGAAGUGCGCAGACACUGCACAGCCACACCUUGUGGCCAUCUCUUCUGCUGGGAAUGCAUCAUGGAAUGGUGUAACACCAAGGCGGAAUGCCCGCUCUGCCGAGAAAAAUGUAGUGCGCAGAAACUUGUCUAUUUACGUCACUACCGAUGAACUUCAGAAAUAUGUUCUGGACAUUCAGUAAGAUGAGUCUUCGAGUACAGCUGCUUUUCUUGUUUAGCUGAAAACUCAUACUCAAAAUUCAUAUUCCAAACAUUUCUGUUUUAGUACAACUACUCUAGGCCAAGUUAACAUCUGUAACUAAAACAGUCUAAAGUGUGCCGUGAAGUCAGCAAAGGACUACCUGAAAUACUGCAAAUAUAGUCAAAGUACGUGACGUGUAUGGCUUGUAAGGAUAUAUACAUAUUACCUGUAUAUUGGAGAAGGCUAAGGAAAGAAAUGGAAAGAUCAUGCUGAAGACUUUAUUUUCUGUGAAUUAGUGGGAAUUUUGUUUUUUAACAUUGUUGCCAGCUGAAUUUGUGUGCAUUUUAGAAAGACUGCACAUAUCAAGUGGAAUUUUCUUUACAGGAGAAGUCCAUGAAACAAGAGACAAUUUAACCCUCUCCACAUGAAGUGCCUUCUGAAAUGCUGGAGCACAACUAAAUAAAUUCCCAAAGCCAUGGGAAGCCUUAAUAGGAAAUGCCAUUAUGGAAGUCUCCAUCAGACUUCCAUUCUCUCUUUCUUGCAGGGUCAGUGAUGCUUCCCACAUGAUCAUCCUCACAGUCUGGAAUACAUCAAGUCUUGGCCUGUGCAUGCUUCUAGCUGAAUUCAUUGCGAUAACAGGAGAAGAGAAGAGCCCAUUGACCUCAGUCUAGUUCCAUGUGUGUGUUUUUAAAUUUUUGAUGUGUUUAACACCAGUAACAGGGUAUUAGAAGUAAUAGUUUGGCGAAACUGAUUACUGCAAUGAAACUAGGAAGAGAAAGCCAAUGUCAUUGGCUCGUCUACCCUAGAAUACAAAGAUUUUUGGCUAGUGAUUAAAUUGCCAUAAGAAGUUUUCAGUGGGGGAGGGGUCCGUUGAAACGUUCAUUAACGUAGAUAGCUUAAUUGUUCCAUGGAUAUUGAAUGCUUUCUGGGAAGUUACACACUCUGCUCUUUACUUUUUGGGCACAAGGAAAGCAUGAGAUAUAUAUGUCAGAUGAAGGACUUUAAACACGUUUCAUGAUUGAUUCAGAAUAAGACGUGUGACAUAUGGAUCAUAUGAAUAGGACAGGAUCUGACCUGCCAACAUUGCUCUCUGGCAAGAGCCUUUAUUGGGUAAAAGACAUGUUGCUGUAAUCCUAGUCUGAGCAACAGCAGGAGAGUGUGUGAAAACCAUUUGUCAUUAAAGGAAAAUUAUACCCCCACCAAA